AUGCGGUGGCCGUCGACGCGGAAGAGGGACGGGGCGGUGUCCACUAAAUCGAUCGCGAGCGUGGAGACGCGAACGGAGCGACGGACGGAGACGCAGAGGGAGAUUUCGAGUGAAACCGUGCGAGACGCUCCGGAGUCGACGACGAGUGUAGCGACGAAUAUCGCGACGACGGGCGCUUUGACGACGGUCGUGGACGUUCGAGACACCUCAGGGGAACUCUCGCUGCGAUUGGAGCGCGCGGAGGCGGAGUUACGGCGAGAGCGCCUGGCGCACGAGGCGGAGCGCGCGGCGACGCGGGACGAGCUCGAGGCCCAGGCGGAGGCGCUCGCGCGGUCGAGGAGUGAGUGCGAGCGCUUGGAGGCGGAGUGCGAGGCGUUAGCGUCGAGAACGGCGGAUAUUAAGGCGGAGGAGCGGGCGAGUUGUCGAUCGACCGAGCGCACGCUGCAAGAUGUUUGUCGAACAGUGACGCGGUUUGCCGUACGGUGCGCCGAGUAUGGAUUAAUCGACGAGGAUGUCGCGCGCGCGGUGGAGGAUAAUCCGCAGGUGUGGAUUGAGCCGGAUGGGAAUCGAAGGGAGCGCGUUGGAGAGCUAUUAAACGCCGUCUUGGAUGCGCACGCGUCGGUGUGCGCGGAGUACGAGUCUAGAGUCGCGGUUGCCAAGGCGCAACCGCCGGACUCAGAGGACGUGGAGGAGUAUGAGAGGCAGAUUAAGUUGGAGGUCGAGCGCGUGCUCGGACACCUCGAGCUUGAAUUCCACUCUUCGAAGAGAGCUGGCGGAAUAGAAGCGAACGAUUCUUCGCCGAACAGCGCGAGUAAGAGGCUGUAUCGAACGCCGGAUGUGAAGAGCUCGAGGAAGCAGUCGUCGUCCACUCGCGAGAUCGAAGCCGAGCGUCGCGAGUUACAGGAGACCGUGAACGAGGUCCAAAGACAGAUGCAUCAGCUCGCUGAGAGUAGCAAGGCGAUUGAGUCGGAACUCCGGGAUCAGUUGGUGACGUCUCGAAGCGAGUCGGAGAAACUGCGCGUCGAGCUCGAGAGCGUCUUGGAGGAGCGCAACAUAAUUGUCAACAAGCUGGAGAUUGAGCUCCAAAAGCUUGAGCACGCGCAGUCAACGAACGAUGAGAAGACUAAAGAUGCGAUGAGACGAGCGAGGGAGGUUUUGGAGCAGGAACAGCGUCGAUUGAGUCUGGUCACAAGGGAGAAAGAUGCGGAAAUCUCGGCGCUCAAAGAGCGCGUGGCGCACCUGGACGCCCAGGUCGAUGAUCUCACCUCGGAGGGUAAGCGCCUGAGCGAGACGCUGACAAAACAGCGCCAGAUCAAGGAUAAGCUCGAGGAACAGGUCGCUGGGAGCGAGGCGCGAAUCGAGGGCUUGCUCCAAGAGAUUGACGCCAUGGAUGCAGCCUCUGCGCAGGCAUCAAUGCACGUGAGCAACGCCAUGGCAAGCGCAUCCGAGGCGCACCAGCGAAGCUUACAGGAGAUGCGGGCCAAGCAAUCGGAGGCAGAGGCGUACAUAGAGUCCCUCGACGCGCGCAUGGGGGCGCUGGAAGAGGAGAGAGGCAUGCUCAGACGCGAAUUAGAGCGCGCGUACUCGAGGGAGAAGGAGAUUCGAGUUCGUAUGCAAGAGAGCGAACGACGAUCGAACGAGCUCACGGCCGAGAUUAACGCUCUGCUCGAGCAAGAGGCUCGACGCAACAAUUUGCGUGAAACUGGCGACGGCGGUUUCCUUUCUAUUUCUACCGCAAACACGCCGUCGAGAUCCGCUCGAAUGGUUCGCGUGCACUCGAAUGGAGUCGCGUCAACCUCAAAAAAGCUCGACGUCCGCGAGUUCUCCGAUGACGACUCCGAGGGUGAAUUUGUGGUCGUGCGCAGACGUGCUACGACGGCGCCAAGCAGCCCAUUCAUGGUGGGUAACUCUCCUCGCGAGACGACGGCGCAACAGUUUAAUGGACUGAACAGCGUGAGCUCCGCGCUCGCUCGAGCUCGCGCUGAGUUCAUCGAGGUUCGCGCAAAGCGCGAUACCUUCCAGUAG